CGGAACCAUCUUUAUCAGACUGUUAAAAGAGUGAGCCCUGGGACRAAGAGAAAAGAAAAGUAUAGUGAUAGAUCUARAUGAUACCGGUAGAACCGGGACAAGCGCCCGUCGGAGAAAAGGACCUAUCACAUGUUCCGCCUUUGUUCCAGCCGGCAACUGGCCAACCGCUGCCAAUAGGAGAGUCGUCCGAACCGACAACCGAAAUUGAAGCUGAURUGCACCAAAGGGUUGAGACGGAUUCCAAGCAAUCCGACCACCCGGAAACUCUGAACCAAGGCCACRGGCGACAGCAGCAAAAAWCACACCAGAAACAKAAGCAAAAGAAAAAGCGCCACGGGGCCCGAAACCAGCACCGGCACAAGUUUUUUGUGAAAUGGCUGCUGGAAACAUUCGACUUGGAAGAAUCGCGGUCUCGAAUCACAAUCGAUCCAACAGCGACGACCAGCUGUGGUGGAACGAAUGCCACCGGUCCCGAACAAAAUGCUGGGGAGAGUACAGGCAGGAGUAGCAGCGCUUUUGAAACCGACGAUCGAGUCGUCGACGAGGUCCGCGGAGUUGUAGUCUCCGAAGAUGAAGACGAAAACGACAACAACACAGAGAGGCCGCGACAGCAGAUGCACAUCCUAGACGUGGCAGGGGGGAAGGGGGAAGUUUCUGCGAGGCUCACCAUGUGCCACCAGCAGCAAGUGAUCAUGGUCGAUCCGAGGCCAGCAGAUAUUGUGGACUGCUACGAACGCAUCGUCCUUCCCAAGAUUCCGAACAAGUGGCAGMRMCAGCUCGAAAGGAAACGAGAAGCAAACCCAAAUUUUGUCAAGGACGUUGUCGGGGCGAGGUUUCGGCAACUGGUUACCACCUUUGACGAACAUAAGGUAGUCACUAAGAGUGCGUGCUAUAGUGCGAAGACCACCAAUCCGUUGGUAUCACCGUCGUCGCCACCAAGCACAGUACCAUYGGAGGCCAAAACACCCACGGACCUGCAAUUGGCGGUUCGAAACGCAACUCUGAUCGUAGGCCUCCACGCCGACGGCGCAACCGAGGCCAUCGUAGAUGCCGCCCUGGAGUACAAGAAGCCCUUUGUGGUCGUCCCCUGUUGUGUCUUUCCAAAUUUUUUUCCAAUGAGACGGAUACUGGUAGAUGAUCCCGAGGAUGGGAGCUCGCCUAAGCUGGUGUCAGUCCGGACACACGAACAAUUUUGCACGUAUCUUCUCCGAAAGGAUCCCCGCUUUGUAAUGGAAGAACUGCCCUUUGAAGGAAGAAACAUUGCCAUCUGGUGGAAUGGAAAAUAGUGCGAGCGAAUGGAUCGUCUCCGGUUKCAACAAGGUAAUUAAGCUCGGAGAUGAUAGUGAUGGAAGUAACUACUAGUGGACGUAUUCAGUUUUGUUAGUUUAUUUAUCACUUCUUCACCAAUAGGAUUUCCGUAUGGAUACAGCAAUCAAGAGUACAUUCCAAAACCCUUGAACAUGCAUUUGUUUAGAAUCCCAACGAAAUAAAGGUCCUCAACUAAC